GAAUCUAAAAACGUCUGCUAUGAUUAGGCAACUUUUAAAUGCUGUUCAUUUGCUCCGAUACAUUAAAUACUUCCGAUUAUUUUCAUUCGAACGACGAUUUUUUGCGUAGAAUUCUUUGACCAUUGCCUUAUAGUUCUGCAAAAUAUCAUCACAUUACGUGUUGUCUUUUGAGCUUUUAUUUCAAAAAUCUAAAGCAUUACUACGAAAUACAAAAAUUUCUUCACUUUCGGAAAUAUACUUUCCAAGAAUUGCAAUCAAUCCAAUGAAACAAGAAAUGUGCAUUUUCUGAAAAAAAAAAAAAAUAAGAACAUCGAACAACUGAUAAGCAACGUUGCAUUGUGUUGUUCAUUAAUUCACCGAUUCACUAUCAUUCCAACAGCGAAAUAGUCAAGUCGCAUUUCAAUUGAGUUGAACAUUUUGAAGAGUGUUUUGUUUAAUGCGCAUAAAAGUGUGAGAAUAUUGAAACUAAGCACAUAAUCAAUUUAAUCUCAAAUUGAGAUUCUCAAUCAAAGUGUUUUGUUGGAGGGAAUUUAUUCAAUAAGCACAAGAUUUUAAUAAGAAAAUUGAAACCAACAUUCAUUCCUUUGUCACAAUGUUCGAGUUAUCAAUUUUCUUAUUGAAAUAAUUGUAAAUUAGUGUUGAAUUAAGAAAUAUGAAGAUUAUCCUAAUCCUUCGGAUUUUGUGCUUUGGCACAAUUUUUUGUGGCGCUCGAAUGGUGGAGUCAGAAUCGACAUCGGAUUGUAAUUCUAAUGAGCUCCGUUGCAACAAUGGAGAUUGUGUUCCGAAAGAAGCCGGAUGUAAUGGCGAAUGGAAUUGCGAGCAAGGUGAAGACGAAAUCGAUUGCGAAUAUUACAAUUAUUAUUUAGACCAUUAUAAGGCUAAGUUAUGUCCAGAUGAUAAAUUUAGAUGCAAAAGUGGUCAUUGCAUUUUGAAAGGAUGGGCAUGUGAUGGUAAACGGGAUUGCACGGACGGUUCGGAUGAGGAACCGAAAAUGUGCAAAAAUCGGCCUUGUGCUUGGGAUGAGAUUUCAUGUGGCUCUAACGGCGAAUGUAUACCUAGGACUUGGAUAUGUGAUGGAAAACAAGACUGUUCAAAUGGAUUUGAUGAGUCCAAAUGCACCCAAGACGAAGUGGACAUUUCAUUUGUUCCACUCAAUGCGACCACUUUCAAGCCACCAACCGCUGAUCUAGUCUUUGAUAUUCACAACAUUUACCGAAGCGACAACUACAAUCUGACCUGUUUAAUCUCUGGAAAUCCAAUGCCUAAUGUCACCUUCAAAAAACUGGGUGCAGAUAGUUUUGGAUUAAAUGUGCAGCCAGAUGGCAAUGUUCUACGAUUUUUCAACACACAAUUUGACAAUGGAGGUGUUUACCAAUGCAUAGCCGAAUCAAAUGGUGGUAUUGACAAAGCCAAUACGAUCGUUAAUGUGGAAGCAUUGGAAGAACUGAAGGUUGAGAUUUAUCCGCAUGGACCACAAAUUGUGCAAGAGGGCGAACAUGUGCUACUCAAAUGUCGAAUUGUUUCUGGUAAUCCGGGUGCAACUUUAGAAUGGUCUCGACGUGAUCAAGAGCCAUUUUCAUAUCGUGUCGAAAAGAUAUCGAAUGGCACAAUUUUAAUUUCGAAUAUAAAAGCAGCAGAAGCUGGUGAAUACGUGUGCAAAGCUGUUGAUGGCUCUGUAGCAACAAUGGAAAUAACCUCGAUUGUCAUUCAACCAACUCCAACUGUACAAAUCACCAUUUUUCCAAACGUUCAAGAAAUUACUUUAACUGAGGGCGACCCAUUGGAUCUAUUUUGCACUGCAAAUGGUUCAUCCAGUGUGACAUGGCAUACGAUUAACACAACAACUCCGGAUUAUUCUCUUAUGUCUUAUCAUUCGGCAACACUGAAAAAAUUUACCAUCAAUCGCAAUGAUGAAGCGAUCUACAUUUGUCGUGCUGAAAACAAAUUUGGAUACACCGACAAACGGAUCAAAGUUUUAGUUCAACCGAAAGUAGACGUGAUCAAUGUCUGUCAAACACAUAAACCGUGCAAAAACAACGGCAUCUGCGUGAGCCACGGCAGUAAUUUCACCUGCGAUUGUCGGAUACAUUACACUGGAGAGAUUUGCCAAUACAAUGACCCAAUCAAGUUUGCUAGCCAGUUCCGAGGCAAUGGUUACAUUGAAUUGAAUCGAUCCGUUGUGGCAGCAACAUCUCUCGGAUCUAAUAUUUCACUGUCAUUCCUAUUAUCCACUUCAGAACCGAAUGGUUUGAUAGUUUGGUAUGGACAAAAGAAGGGUGAAGCAUAUCCAUGGCUCUGGUCAUCGACUGGACAAGAUUUCGUGGCUCUGGCCAUUGUCAAUGGCUAUUUGAAAUAUACAGUGCGUCUGUUAGGUCGAGAAAAAUCCAACACACUGGACGUGCGAGUCGAUGAUGGAGAACGUCACGUUGUUAUUUUAACACGAUACGAUAUAAGUGUUCGACUUCAACUCGACGAUUUCCGUGUAGACGAAGAAAUUAUAGGAUCUGACGAUGAUGUUCUCUACUGGCCACCACUACAACUAAACGAACUCUUCAUUGGUGGUGCACCAGAUAUAGAAGAAAUCACCGAAAAUCGGUAUAUGCAAGGCUUCAACGGUAAUAUCUACAUGAUCGAAGGCACUGACGGGGCACCUGUCAACGUAUAUGAUAACGCUGUCGGCGGAUACAAUGUUGCUCCAUGUCAUAAUUUUGUUUGAAGUUAAGAAUAAGAUUAAAGUAAACAUUUUAUCAUAACAAAACACGUGUAACUAGGAAUAAUUGUAAAUAAAAACGUUAACAUGCCUAGUUACUAUACUA